AGCGGGGGUCUGUCAGCCCGUCGGUUCAGUCUCCGUUGUUACCGGACAGAUCAGGAUGUCUUCAGACCCAUGCUCCUUCUCCUCCUUCACCAGGUGUGCUACCAAACACCUGAACCUGUCCCUGCACGUGGACUUCGACAGACACGUGAUCAGGGCCAAGGUGGAGCUGACCGUGGAGGCUCUGGAGGACCGUUUCUCUGCUCUGACUUUGGACACCAGAGACCUGAAGAUCGUCUCGGUGAGAGCGAAUGGACAAACGGCGUGCUUUACUAUGGGCCCCAAACACAGCUUCAAGGGGACGCCUCUGGACAUCACGCUGCCCUUUGACCUCUCCAGAGGUCAGCACGUGAUCGUGGAGGUGACCUAUGAGACGUCUCCGUCUGCCUCGGCUCUGCAGUGGCUCUCACCCGAACAGACUGCUGGGAAGAAACAACCGUACCUGUUCAGCCAGUGUCAGGCUAAUCACUGCAGGAGUAUGGUUCCCUGUCAGGACAGUCCGUCUGUCAAACACACCUACUACGCUCAGGUUUCUGUACCUAAGGACCUGGUGGCUGUGAUGAGUGCAGUGAGAGACGGACAGGAAGUCCAUCCUCAGGACAACAACCGCAUCGUCUACAGGUUCAGACAGCCGGUGCCCAUGCCUUCUUACCUGAUAGCCAUCGUGGUUGGAGCUCUGGAGAGCAGGGAGAUCGGGCCGAGGUCGAGAGUCUGGUCUGAAAAGGAGUUUGUGGAUAAAGCAGCAUUUGAGUUCUCUGAGACGGAGACCAUGUUGAAGACGGCGGAGGACCUGGCAGGACCGUAUGUCUGGGGUCAGUACGACAUCCUGGUCCUUCCUCCAUCUUUCCCCUACGGAGGAAUGGAGAAUCCCUGCCUGACCUUCGCCACCCCCACCCUGCUGGCGGGAGACAAAUCUCUGUCCAACGUGAUCGCUCAUGAGAUCUCCCACAGCUGGACGGGUAAUCUGGUGACCAAUAAGACCUGGGAGCACUUCUGGCUGAACGAAGGUCACACGGUGUACCUGGAGAGGAUGAUUGGCAGGUGUAUGGACAGUGAACAGUUCCGACAGUUUAAAGCCAUGGGGGGCUGGAAGGAGCUGCAGGACUCGGUGAACACCUUUGGAGCCAACAACCCUCUGACCAACCUGGUCCCCAGCCUGCAGGACGUCGACCCCGACGACGCCUUCUCCUCUGUGCCCUACGAGAAAGGCUUUGCUUUGCUGUACCAUCUGGAGGAGCUGAUGGGAGGCCCAGAGGUGUUCAUGGGUUUUGUGAAGUCGUACAUCCAGCUGUUUGCCUACAGCAGCGUCACGACGGACGAGUGGAAGAACUACCUGUUCACCUACUUUAAAGACAAGGUGGACAUCCUGAACAAGGUGGACUGGAACGCCUGGAUGUUCACUCCUGGGAUGCCUCCCGUCAAACCUCAGUACGACACCACGCUGGCCGACGCCUGCAUCGCUCUGAGCCAGAGGUGGAGCAAGGCCAAAGACCAGGACCUGAGCAGCUUUAAAGAGUCCGAUGUGAAGACGCUGUCGUCCCACCAGCUCAUCGAGUUCCUGUCCCUCCUGCUUCAGGAGGAUCCUCUCCCUCUGACUCACGUGAAGAAGAUGCAGGAGGUUUAUGACCUCAACGCCUUUAUGAACUCAGAGAUCCGCUUCAGGUGGCUCAGGUUGUGUGUUCGGUCCAGGUGGGAGGAAGCGGUUCCCCUGGCGCUGAAGAUGGCGACCGAGCAGGGCAGGAUGAAGUUCACCAGACCGCUCUUCAG